GCUUCCGUUCUGGCUAUGCUGGGGAGCUGGCGGGCUGCGGCGGCUGUCGUUGCGCGGAGCGGGAGGUGGGCGUGCUGCCAGCGCGGCCGCUGCCGCCGCCUCUCCAUGGCGAAAAGCAAGUUCGAGUAUGUGCGGGACUUCGAGGCGGACGACACGUGUCUGCCCAACUGCUGGAUAGUGGUCCGGCUGGACGGCCGCAACUUCCACAGGUUUUCUGAGCAGCAUGAGUUCAAAAAGCCAAAUGAUGACCGUGCUCUUCAUCUGAUGACCAAGUGUGCCCAGACAGUGAUGCAAGAAUUGGAGGAUAUUGCUAUUGCUUAUGGACAAAGUGAUGAAUAUAGUUUUGUUUUCAAAAAGAACAGCAGAUGGUUUAAAAGAAGAGCAAGUAAGUUCAUGACUCAUGUGGUCUCCCAGUUUGCCUCAAGUUACGUUUUCUAUUGGAAGGAUUACUUUAAGGACCAGCAACUUCUGUACCCACCAGGAUUUGAUGGACGAAUUGUGUUGUAUCCAAGCAACCAAAAUUUAAAGGAUUACCUCAGCUGGAGACAAGCAGACUGCCAUAUUAAUAACCUUUAUAAUACAGUGUUUUGGAUGCUUGUACAGCGAAGUGGUUUGACACCAGUGCAAGCACAGGACAGACUUCAGGGAACUUUGGCUGGAGAUAAGAAUGAAAUCUUGUUUUCUGAAUUCAACAUCAACUACAACAAUGAACCUUUGAUGUACAGAAAAGGAACUGUCUUAAUAUGGCAGAAGGUUAACGAAGUCAUGACUAAGAAAAUAAAACUACCAACGGAAGCAGAAGAAAAGGAAGUUGAAGUUACCCGGCCUAGGACUAAAGUUGUUCCCCUGCACUGUGACAUUAUUGGGGACCAGUUCUGGGAGGAAUAUCCUCAGAUUCUGGCGGAGGAUAGUUGAUCCCUCUGAGUAUAACUGGUAGUUCACACUUUGCUCUGCUUGGGUUGUUGGCAAGUGAGCACGAAUGGUGGCUGGCGGAGUUGGACCUGUAACCCUCUUCAACAACAUUGGGUUUGGCACUGUUGUUGCCUGAAAAGAUGACACUGGUAUGUUAUCUGAUAUACAAGGAUAUGCCCAUAUGGAAAACUAAAAUCACAAUAUAUUCCAAUGUGAAUUAAUAAUUGAAGACUUCUACAGAUAUGCAUGUAGAAGGAAGGAGCAAAAGUGUAUAGAAAUUUCGUGUAUUUCUACAGCAUUUAAGCCAUGAGGUAUUUUACUGAACUGCUGAACUAUAAAAAAGCUUGCAUAUUUGAACAGGUAAAAGUAGAGGAGAAAAUAAUUAUUUUGAUUUUUUUUGUUUCAACUGAGACAGACCAAGAUACUUCAAUUGGCGUUUAGUCACAUUAGUGACAAACUGUUUAACUGCCUAAUGUCUCUGAUUCUUGCAGAAAGGGAGUAACCCAGCAGUUCCCUGUGACUGAUUUUAAAAGCUUUUGUCAAAUGUACAGGAUUUUUAUACUUUUAAAGAAUAAAAAUAAUUUCUUCCCUGCCUUGUUCA